GAUGUAAAUAAAAAAGUUUGUGGAAAAUAAUAAAGAAAAAAAUAAUAAUAAUAAUGUCUUUGGUGGCUUAUGAUGCUAGCAGUGGCGAGGAAUCCGAUUAUGAGGAUGAGAAGGCUCCAAAAGCUAUUAUUGUAGAAAAACCAUCUAUAAAAACUACACUUGUGCAACAACAGGAUAAAGUUUCUGCCACCAAUGGCCAUAUAAGUGAUGAGGAUGAUGACUUUAUUCCACCUGCCGAAGAAAAUGAAAAGGAAUUUGUUAAUAACCUAUCAAAGCUUUUGCCUAAACCAAAAAAUAAUAUAAAUCUAGCAGAUAUUCUGGAAAACUUUGCCAAACCCACCUUUACUGCGUUACCCACCCCAAAAGCCGUCAGCGCACAAGUGGAUAUUGAAGAAGAUGAUGAUGAGUUUCUGCAUAAGAAACCCAGUCAGGAAAUAAUUGAGAAGCCCAAUAAAAAUAUUGAAGUUAAGAAAAUGCCCGUCAAAAUUACUAUACCAUCUUUGAGAAAUUUCCAAGAUGUUGAAAAAGAAAUGGCAGAUAAAGCUAAAAACAAAUCGGCCAUAAAUCAAACAAGAACUUCAGGUUCAUCAGGACUGUUAAGUAUAUUGCCAAAGGCGAAGUCAGAGCAAAAUUUCGCAAAAGUUGCCAACACUACCAGUGGAGAAAACAAAACCACAACUGCUAAUAACGCAGUAAAGCCAACAAUGCCUGCUUUCGUACCUGACGCAGUAAAACACAGACGCCCGGCCACCAACACGGAAGACGUCGAUAGAAUCAAACCAAUUAAAAAAAAGUUACUCAAUCAAACAACUAAAACUCAAGCUUCAAAUAACAAAAAUGCCGAUAGUGAUGAAAGUGGUGAUGAUGACAACACAGACACCGGUAUUGGUGACUUUUUCUCCUUUAACACCGACCAAAGUCUUCCAGAAGUUUCAGCCACAGAAAUUAAUGCCUUAGUCGCCAAGAAGGCUGCAAAAAUGGUUGAGACUACAACAAAAUUUCUGAAGGCAUCCGAAGUUCGAAGUUCAAAUGAAGUGGAGGAAAUGCAAGUUGAUGAACAAGAAUUAGAGGCAUCUAGAAAACGUUAUCACCAGGAACAGCAGUUGCAUCCAGAAGCUUUACAGGCCUUAGUCGGCGGCAGUACAAAACGAAGACGUCAGCAACAGACAGACAUUCAAGUCAUUGACAUAAAUAGCUCGCAGGUGUUGCCCAAUAAAGAUGAAUGGAUGCGAACAGCCUUGGCUUCAUCGACGACCUAUCAACCUACUGGUGUAUUGGUUGAUGAGGAGCCUGCAACGGGUACUAGACGCAAACAUCAAAUUACAUAUUUGGCUCACAAGGCGAAGGCGAAUGAGGCCGAAUUGCAAGCGAUGUGGUCCGCGAAUCGUCAAAAUAGGCGGGCUACUCAGAACAAAUAUGGUUUUUAAAUUGGUUUUUUUAUAUAUUUUCCUUUAGUAUUUAAAUAAAAUAAGACAUUUUGCAAAUACUUCUUUAACUUACAAAAUGUUUAGGUAAAUAUGCAAACUUGUACUAAAUCAUAAUCUGA